GUUGUAGAACUUCCUGUAGACGCGCUCUACAUAGGGGGCUUUCAGUCGCGUCCCAUGCGCCCUACCUAGUGCACUAAGUGUUUAAUCGGAAGUCUUUAUGGUAGAAAUCCUCCUUCUUAGUCUGAAACUCAGAGGAAACUUGUAAGACGCGGGGAGAAGGAAAGGAAAAGUUUUUUUUAAUAAGAAACCAGGAGCUCUGAUGUGCAAAGGUUGGUCUAUCAGCAGUGUUUUAGGAGGACAGGCAUCUACGUAUCACAAUGCCGCCGCAGAAGGACAUCGUGAAGAUCGCUAUUCAGAUGCCAGGGGCGUACCCUCAGCUCAUUGAGCUGGACCAGAAAAAGCCCCUGACUGCAGUGAUUAAGGAAGUGUGUGACAGAUGGAAUCUACCUGGACCAGAGAACUACGCCCUUCAGUAUGCGGAUGGAGCUCACACUUACAUCACAGAGUCGAAUCGUUUGGACAUUAAGAAUGGCAGCAUCCUUCGCCUGACCAAAGCCCCGCGCCGUUGUGCAGACGACCUUUAUAAAGGCGUCCAGAGCUCAGACUCGGACGUUCGCUGCGACUCCCUGAAGCAGCUGGCCAUCAUCUCCACAGACGUCACCUUCGCUCAGGAGUUCAUCAGCCGAGACGGACACUCGCUUCUCAUCCACAUCGUGGAGGACACUAACGAGGCUCCUCUCAUUGUGACACACACACUCACAGCCUUUAUGGAGCUUAUGGACCAUGGGAUCGUCUCCUGGGAAAACCUCUCCAGCGUCUUCAUCAAAAAGAUCGCCAGUUUCGUGAACGCCAAAGUGAUGGACACCUCCAUCCAGCAGGUCUCUCUGGACAUCCUGGAGAGCAUGGUUCUGAGCAGCAUCAGCUUGUUUCACCAGAUCAGAGAGGAGAUCACAAUGGAGAGGCUGAUCUCUCAUCUGCAGGUGUCUAACCAGCAGCUUCAGACCAAAGCUAUGGCUCUCCUCAUGGCCCUGCUGCAGACAGCUGGAGAUGCAGAAAGACUGGAUUUGUUUGCUUUCCUUGAGAAGAAGAAUCUCCGCCAGUAUAUUCACAAGAAUAUAAUCCACAGCUCUGGUCCUAUUGGAGAUGAAAUGGCUCACUACCUGUACGUGCUGCAGUCGGUGUGCCUGAACCACCUCGAUGCGCGAAUGAGAACCGCUCUGGACUCCUUUAACCAGGAACAGAGGGAGGCUCUGCACUGUUUACGCCAGGCCGUGUUCGAGACGGAAAGCGACGGCAGUCUGAGUACGGAGCGUCGCCGGUCUCUGUGUGCUAAAGAGUUCAAGAAGCUGGGUUUCUCGAACAACAGUAACCCGGGGCAGGACCUGAGCCGGACACCUCCCGGGCUUCUGGCUCUGGACACGAUGACCUAUUUCGCCUCGCGUUACCCAGACGCCUACAGCAGGUUUGUUUUGGAGAACAGCAGCCGUGAGGAUAAACACGAGUGUCCGUUCGCUCGCAGCAGCAUCCAGCUCACACUCAUGCUGUGCGAGAUCCUGCGUAUCGGAGAACCACCAUCAGAAACAGGCUCCAACUAUCACCCCCUUUUCUUCGCCCAGGACCGGCUGCUGGAGGAACUUUUCUGCAUUUGCAUCCAGCUCCUGAACAAAACCUGGAAGGAGAUGAGAGCAACGCAGGAGGACUUUGAUAAGGUCAUGCAGGUGGUCCGGGAGCAGAUCACCAGGACCCUGUCUGGUAAACCCACCUCUCUGGAGCUCUUCAGGAACAAAGUGAACGCUUUAAACUACAGCGAGAUCCUCAAACUGCGUCAGACUGAGAGACUGCACCAGGAGGAGACGCUCGCCCCGCCCGUGCUCGAGCUGAAAGAGCGUCUGAAGCCCGAGUUGUUGGAGCUGAUCAGGCAGCAGAGGCUGAACCGUUUGUGUCACGGCACCCUGUUCCGCAAAAUCAGCAGUCGCCGGAGACAAGAUAAACUGUGGUACUGUCGCCUUUCCCCGAACCACAAAGUCCUUCACUACGGAGACGUGGACGAGGAGACGGAGACUCCAUCCAUCGAGAGUCUGCAGGACAAAAUCCCCGUGGCGGACAUUAAAGCCCUGCUGAUUGGAAAAGAUUGUCCUCACAUGAAGGAUAACAAGGGCAAGCAAACCAAGGAGAUGUUGGAUUUGGCGUUCACUAUAACGUAUGAUGUGGAGGAGUACACCUUGAAUUUCGUCGCCUCCUCCAGAACAGAUUUUUGCUUGUGGACGGAUGGACUGAACGUUCUGCUGGGGAAGGAGAUGAGCAGCGAAUCCAUGCGCAGUGAGCUGGAGAUCCUCCUCUCCAUGGAAAUCAAGCUCCGCCUCCUCGAUCUGGAGAACGUCCCCAUUCCUGACUCAGCCCCGCCCAUCCCCAAACCGCCCAGCAACUUCAACUUCUGCUACGACUUCAGUCAAGCGGAGAAUUAAAGGCCAGACGAUGGGGCGUGACGUCCUGCUCCUCCUCUUGCUCCUCCUUCUCCUCCUCCUGUUCCUUUUGCUCCUCCCUCUGUUCCUCCUGCUCCUCCUCCUGCUCCACCAAGAGAGUCAAUAAACUGAGGGGCAGCGAAGGGGCAGAAGACUGGGUUUUGUCACAUGAUGCUUUCCUUGAGAGAAAAGCCCAUCCUGGGAAGAUAAGGAAGGAUCAGAAAGAGGUUCUUUUGAGAGACAGAUAAUUUCUCAAGCUGCUCAAGGCAUUGCGAGGGUGUAUAAUAUAUACAAAUAUAAAUAUAUACAAUAUCUUUUUUUUUUUUUACUCUUUUCCUAAUGGUACUGCACUCAUCUAAUAGCUACAUUUUUCAUGAAUCUGCCGUAAUCCGGACUGCAGGAUGGAACUCGAAUGCUCAAAUCAACACACAGUCCAUGACGUCGUAACCAGCAUGUGGCUGUUCCAGUAUAAAAAAAAUCGUUUGUUCAUGUUAUAUUGGAAUUAUGGUAAUUACAAGACGAUGGGAAAGCUGUCGUUACCACGGCACCUUGUUUCAAACACAAAGCAACAGUAUAAUCAAAAGAUAACAACUUUACACUUAGCAAAUGUGUCUGUACAAUAUAUCAUCUGAUGUUACACUCCA